AUGAAGACGGGGGCCGCAACCGAGCUGCAUAGGGGACCGCGACCGAGCUGCACGAAGACAGGGUCUCUCUCCUCCUCUCUGUCUCCGCAUCGGAUCCGAGGUGAGGCGGCGAUGCAGAUCCAGGUCCGGUGCGGGUGCGGCGAGGCGGCGUGCCCAAAGUGGGCGGUGGUGGAGGUGCAGGGCGUGCUGCAGCCGCAGCCCUGCUUCUCCGACUGCAUCCAAGACCUCCACAUCGGCCGCCUCUGCUCCACUUCCUCCGCCCCGUACUCCAAGGCAAGAACCACGAACUCUCCUCGUAGCGGUCGGGCGCGAAGAAGAAGAUGGCAGGGCGGCGCCUGCUCACGGCGGCCAGGCGCGGAGAGGAAGGCGUGUGGGUGGUGCUGGCUUGCCACGGCCGCGCGCAGAGAUGGAGGCGGCGGAGCGACGCUGGCUCACAGUAGCCGGCUGUAG